UGAAUAAAUGGUGGCGGUGUAAGGGGACAUUGCGUGACUUUGUCUCCGUUUGGCGGGGUUGCCGCUUAGUUGGUUUGUUCGACUUGACAGGCGAUCGCUUUGCGGAAGCAUGGAGGCUCUCAUCCCUGUAAUAAACAAACUCCAGGACGUUUUCAACACAGUGGGGGCGGAUAUCAUCCAGUUACCGCAGAUCGCUGUGGUCGGAACGCAGAGCAGUGGGAAGAGCUCGGUGCUGGAGAGCCUGGUGGGCCGCGACCUGCUGCCACGUGGUACCGGGAUUGUCACACGGCGGCCCCUCAUCCUGCAGCUCGUUCACGUGGACGCAGAUGACCGCAGGAAGGCUGGCGAUGAGAAUGACGUCACCUCGUGGACAAAUGGGCGCCUUUACAGAGGUGUGGAGGUUGAAGAGUGGGGAAAAUUUCUGCACACGAAAAACAAGAUCUACACAGACUUUGAUGAGAUCAGGCAAGAAAUUGAAAAUGAAACGGACAGAGUAUCGGGCAUUAACAAGGGUAUCAGCGAUGAGCCCAUUCAUCUGAAGGUCUUCUCUCCUCAUGUGGUGAACCUCACACUGGUGGAUCUUCCAGGAAUUACAAAGGUCCCAGUAGGUGACCAGCCCAAAGACAUUGAAGUUCAGAUCCGAGACCUGAUUCUGAAGUACAUCAGCAACCCCAACUGCAUCAUCCUCGCUGUCACUGCCGCCAACACCGACAUGGCCACAUCUGAGGCCCUCAAGGUGGCCCGGGAAGUGGACCCUGAUGGCCGGAGGACGCUGGCCGUUGUCACCAAACUGGAUCUAAUGGAUGCCGGAACUGAUGCAAUGGACGUCUUGAUGGGCCGGGUCAUUCCAGUCAAGCUGGGGCUGAUUGGAGUGGUCAACAGGAGUCAGCUGGACAUUAACAACAAGAAAACGGUGGCUGACGCCAUCCGUGACGAGUAUGCCUUCCUACAGAAGAAGUACCCCUCUCUAGCCAAUAGAAAUGGCACCAAGUUUCUGGCAAAGACUCUAAACAGGCUGCUGAUGCACCACAUUCGCGACUGUCUUCCUGAGCUGAAGACUCGCAUCAAUGUGCUGGCGGCGCAGUACCAGUCGUUGCUCAGCAGCUACGGUGAACCCGUGGAGGAUAAGAGUGCCACCUUGCUGCAGCUCAUCACCAAGUUUGCCACGGAGUACUGCAACACCAUCGAGGGCACGGCCAAGUACAUCGAGACUGCAGAACUGUGCGGUGGAGCUAGAAUUUGCUACAUAUUCCAUGAGACGUUUGGACGAACGCUGGAAUCUGUGGACCCACUAGGUGGACUAACAACCAUAGAUGUGCUGACAGCCAUCAGAAAUGCCACGGGGCCGCGGCCUGCUCUCUUUGUACCUGAGGUGUCUUUUGAGCUUUUGGUGAAGAGGCAGGUGAAGCGAUUAGAGGAGCCUAGCCUGCGCUGUGUGGAGCUGGUGCACGAGGAGAUGCAGAGGAUCAUCCAACACUGCAGCAAUUACAGCACACAGGAGCUUCUGAGGUUCCCCAAGCUUCACGAUGCAAUUGUGGAAGUGGUCACCUCCCUGCUGAGGAAACGGCUCCCCAUCACAAACGACAUGGUGCACAACCUGGUGGCCAUCGAGCUGGCCUACAUCAACACCAAGCACCCAGACUUUGCUGAUGCCUGUGGACUGAUGAACAGCAACAUCGAGGAACAGAGGCGUAACCGAAUGAGAGAGGUGUCCGCUGCGGCCUCCCGAGACAAGUCGUUCAAGGGUCCAGGUGCUCAGUCUGUUUCCCCACCAGAACAUCCUGUUGCUGCAGAAUCAGAGGGGGCCAAGGUAGCGGGAGGCGGAGCCCAGGGUGACCAAGAGGCCAGCACAGGGAACUGGAGGGGAAUGCUGAAUAAGAGCCAGGAAGGACUGACAGAGGACAAGACCAAACCCCAGGGAACCGUCCCUCCCAGUCCACAGAAGGGCCAUGCUGUGAACCUGCUGGAUGUGCCUGUUCCGGUCGCUAGGAAGCUCUCAGCUCGUGAGCAGCGGGACUGCGAGGUCAUCGAGAGGCUCAUUAAGUCCUACUUCCUCAUUGUCCGGAAAAAUAUCCAGGACAGCGUGCCCAAGGCAGUGAUGCACUUCCUGGUGAACUAUGUGAAGGACAGUCUGCAGAGUGAGCUGGUGGGGCAGCUCUACAAAUCGGCGUUGCUAGACGACCUGCUGACGGAGUCUGAGGACAUGGCACAGCGCCGUAGUGAGGCUGCCGAUAUGCUCAAGGCCCUGCAGAAAGCCAGCCAGGUGAUUGCAGAGAUCCGGGAAACUCACCUGUGGUGAGGAUCUCCCAGAGCCCUUUUCCCGGGCCAGUCAUGACCUCAGAACAAACCACUUGAAGAUCCAUUGUACGUCUGAAUAUAGUUUUUAUUUACUGUGUGGACUGUCACGAAACGGUAAACUGUAAACCAUAAUCUGUUAGUCUUUGUCUGCUUCUACAUAUUUUGCCAGAGUAUCUUUCACCAGUCAACACUGAAUGAGUGUCAUGGUGCUCUUGGUUAUGUGUGUUGACUAGAAAACCGAAAAUAGUGCAGAAAAUACAGUCACAUUAAUGCUUCCUAGUUCAGGGUGUACGAAACACUAGCAGAACUCCUGUCCUGUUGGGCUGCCCUCAGUUGGCAGAAUUUAAAAAAAAAAAAAAACCCACUUUUUGUAUUAUCCAGUGUGAGUUAUGGUUAGUGUUGCACUGUACGAAUGACUGGGGAUGGUUGCGUGUGGUUCUGACAGCAGCCCAUCAUUAUGUUCACAUCUUUGUCUCCGAAACAGGAAAUCCAGACAGAUUUUAUUGUGCUAAGUAGGUGAUAGCACUGAUGACCUGUAUUCUUACAAUGGUGGGUGCUUGGGUGUGAUGGUUUUGAAUUUUUCAUCUGAGCAAAGAUAUUGUAUCAAGAUGAGGUGUAAUAACAUUAAAAAAGUAUUUUACCAGGAUGA